GUUUGUUUCAUUUAUAGACUCCGCCCAAAUUGUACUUUUUUCCUUCGAAAUUUUCGAAGACACCACGGUUUUACCCUUAUUUUUUUGUUUUAUAUAAUGUUUGCAGACAUAUUAUUGCAACCAUUAGUUAAAUAAAUUACUUAAUUUUCAUCGUCAAACAGAUUUUCGGAUCAAAGAAGUGAUAAAGUGGUAGAAAAACGAUCGUUUUCUCCCCCCUCUCUCGGUCGGCGCGAAGUUCACAUUGUGCUGUUUCACGCUACAAUCAAAUGACCUCGUUGUCAGACGGAGAUCGAAGACCUAGCAGUCUUGAGCAUAAUAAUUAGUUUUCGAAGUUUACAUGUGUUAAUUUUAGCUGAUAUUUUAUGACACAUCGAAUGAAGAUUCUGUCACAGCAUGAAGAAAGCUAUUUUUUGUCUUAUUUAACAAUUUCAACAAACAUUUCUUUGUGAUUCCCUCCAAAAAUUUCAACAGAUCGAGAUGCCGCUAUUACGAAAACAGCCAUUUCACAGACAACCAGUACCAAGUUCCCUUCAGCCUGAUGACGAUGUAUUUCAUUGUAAGCUGACGAAUGAAAUCUUCAAAGAUUAUGAGGAAUUCUUUGAAAGAAUUAUCUUGUGCAAUAGCUUGGUAUGGUCAUGUUCCAUCACUGGGAAAGCUAGUCUGACAUUUCAAGAAGCAUUGGAAUCAGAAGAGAAAGCCCUUAAGCACAUUGCCUCUUUCCCAGCAGCCCUGCAGAAACCACUUCUGUUCUUAGCACAGAAAACCAAACGCAGUAGAUUGGCUGAUAUGAAUGAUGAUGUUUUCAUGUUUGCAAAAGAUCGAUAUUUUAUCGGUGAAAUUGUGGAUGUUGUCGUUGGUGGAGAAAAGAAAUCUUGUAAAGUUUUACGAGUGGUACCUCCAGUGAAGGAACAAGAAGAAGGAUGUAUUGUUAUAGAUUCAGAUGAGGAGGAAGCGACCAGCGCAAAAAAUAAAAAUGUCACAGUUCCAAAAUCUGAUGAAUAUAGAUAUGUUGUUCAAGAGACAGGAAAGUCAAAUAUUACCAUAACAGUACCAAGCAAACAAGUCAGUCGAAGAAAGGGUUUAUACACAAGAGACAAAAGUAAACUUUUCCUAAAGAACAACUCGGAUAUUGAGGAUGGCUUAUGGAAGAUAAAGGUUAGUGUGCUUAAAAAGAGAGGUGUGGAUACCAUGCAGUUUGUUGACUUCUAUGCUGGCGUUAUGCCUGUGUAUGAAGUAACCGAAUCCAAGAAAAAACCUUCUAAGAAAAAGAAGAGCAUGGACACUACAGAGACGACUUCAUCAUCUAAAAAGAAAAAGGACAAAAAAGAUAAGGAAAAGGCAGAAGAGAAAGAGAAAGAAAAGGCUAAACCUCAACCAGCAGAGGAAGAUUUGACACCUGAAGAAAAAGCUGCUUUUAAAGAACAACAGAAACAGGAGAAAUUAUUACAGAAAGAAGAGCUGAGGAGGAAAUGGGAAGAAGAAAAACUAAGAAGAAAGGAAGAAAAAGCUAAGGAAGUAGAAAAAAGACGAGAAGAAAAAAGAAUACAGGCUGAACAGUUGAAAGAAUGGAGUAGACACAGAGAUGAUAUGGAGUGUGAUGAUCUUAAGGUGUUGCCAGAACCCACGCCAAUCAAGACAAAAAUUCCACAAGAGUUGUUUGGCGACUGUGUUUUGGUACUGGAAUUUGUAAAUAUCUUCAAGUCAUUGUUUGAUCUAAGAGCUUAUUUCCCCAGGGGUUUUACUUUUGAUGUUUUAGAAGAAGCUUUGUUAGAGACUGACCACAAUGGAAUAUUGACAGAUGUACUACUAAUGAUGAUGACAGCUAUAUUCAGUCUUCAAGAACAAGAAGAGGCUGAAGAGGAGGAAUUGUCAAAACAAGACGAAGCUGUUACUGGAGUUCUAGGUAAUGAGACAGAUGUACAAGAUACAGACCAGUUGAUGGAACUUGCUACAGUGUGUUCAUUAACUCCAAUGUUUAAUCAUGGGUUACUUUUAAAGAAACUCCCACUCGACUCGUUCACUUUAUCUGAGAUUGUUCGUCUUCAUUUGUUGUCAUCUGGAGCUAAAGUCAGCGACAAAAAUGUCAAAUACCGUUUCCAAGAACGUGGUGGUUACACUUCCUUAGAUGAUCCAGGGCUAGAGUUUCGUAGACGAGAAACAGCAUUGUUGAAAAAUCUUUCAUCACAAUCAAUUUUUGAUCUUCCACCAGCUGAUCGUCUUAAGAUAAUUACUGUUUUGAUACAACAAUUUAUGACCUAUGCAGCCUCCAGGGAUACUAUAGAAGACGGUAGUGAAAGAUUAAGACUGUUGAGAUAUGAUUUAAAACAGAUGCAAUGGGCAGAACAACGAAGGGAACGAGAAGAGGCAGGGGCAAAGUACAAGAAAAAAAUGGAAGAAAGGGCUAAAGAAAGGGACAAGAGAGAAGAGUGGAGACAAAACUGUUUGAAAGAACAGGAGAAAAGAAAUAUAAGGAAGGAGGCAGGUGAGGAUGUUUCAAAAUUGCCUCCUAUUGAUUGGCAAUACAAAAGUGAUGAAGUGGAAGCAACACCAGAAGAAAAAGAAGAAAUAAGGAAUCAAGAAGAAGAGGAAGAAGCAAAUAAAAAGGCAGAGUUUGCCUUGAAAGAGAAGAAAGUGCUUGACGAUCUUUCAAAAUUACAACAAAAUUGUUCUAUUGUUCCUGUAGGAAGAGACAGAAUGUAUAGGAGGUAUUGGGUUUUCAAUUCUAUACCAGGACUUUUUGUAGAAGAUGAUGAAUUACACGUAGAUACGAAACAGCUACAACCAUCAGACAUUAAAUUCUUAACGGGUAACACAGAAAAACCGAAAGAUGAAAAUGGUAGCGAUAAAGAAAAUGAUUCUAUAAAUACUCCUAAUAAAAGUAUCAAUAAUACAAGUAUUAAUGGACCAAAAAAUGAGCAGAUUGCUGUGACAAAGAAUGGCGAUGUUGUUUGUAUAAGUGACGAGGAAAACUCACGAAAUUCAAGCAGUGUUGUGAAAAUGGAAGUUGACAAAGAUAAUGAAGAAAAAUCUCAUCCCGUCUUACCAGAAAAUGAAGUGAUACGACAAAUAGUCAGUAGGCAGAAAAAUCAAUGGGCUUUUAUUUCAACUGAGGAGGAAUUUGAACAUUUACUGAAUUCUCUAAAUUGUCGUGGAUAUAGAGAAUCUGCUCUUAGAGCAUCAUUAUUAGAAAACAGAUCUCGUAUUGAAGACAGUAUUGAUAAGUGUCCAGUAGACGCGAUAUUUAAAGACACUGAUGAUUCUGAAUUUGUUAAUGAGGAUAAUAAUGUGUCAAAAAAGCCAAAGUCUACUGUAAAAAAGACAGCAAAAGGUCUCAUAAAGUCCGACUCAGCUCAGGAAGUGUUAGAAAUUAAUCUGCGGGAACUUUUAUUGGAUCUGGAGGAGAGAAUUUAUGUUGGAGCUUUGGGAACUAUGAAGAUUAAAGAUAGACUUGCAUGGAGAGAUGCUCUUGAAAAAGGAAGUUUUGAUCCUCAAUCUGAUGAUCCCUUGUAUGCCAAGUUUGAAAUUAAGAAAACUGAAGAAAAUGGUGACUGUGAUGAUGCGUCAUCUGUAAGUUCAGGAGAUGCAGCAGAGUCAAUAGUUAAAGAUUUAUCAAAGGCUUUACUGCAAAUACAACAUGGCAUAGAAUCAAAAUUCUUAGUAACACCCUUAGGUGAAGUAGAUGAAAAACAGAAAAAAACAAUUGCAGAACUGAAGAAAGAAAAACUUGAGAAAGAAGAACAGUUGAAGAAAAAAGAAGAAGAGGACAGUGAUGCAGAGGAAGAAAAAGUGCCACAGAAGACAACAUUAGAAAGGUGGCAGGAAUCUUUAUUACACUGUACAAGUCUGUCACAAAUCUUCCUAUAUCUUGGAACAUUGGAGAAAAGUAUUGCCUGGUCUAAGUCAGCACUCAAUGCCAGGUGUCGAGUGUGUAGGAGAAAAGGAAAUGCUGAUCAAAUGUUAUUGUGUGAUCUAUGUGAUCGAGGUCACCAUAUUUAUUGUCUGAAGCCACCACUUAAGAUUAUUCCGACCGGAGAUUGGUUUUGUCCUGAUUGUAGACCAAAAGAAAUAAUAAAACGAAGUCCAUUAAAAGGAAGAAGACAAACAUUUGUUGAAGAAUCAGAAAACGAAGAGAAAUCAUCGAGUGAGGAAGAAGAAGACUCGUCUGAUGAAGAGGAGGUUGAAGAAGAGGAGGAAGAAUCAGAAGAAGAGCAGGAGAGUGACGAAGAGGAUGUGGAAUGUGCCGUGUGUAAUAAGGGAGGAACUCUAAUCUGUUGUGACGCUUGUCCACUGUUCUAUCAUCUGGGAUGUGCCAAUCCACAGUUGAAAAAAGUACCACGAGGCAAAUGGUUAUGUCAGAUAUGUUUGGGUACUGGAACCUCUGGGAAAAUCAAAUUACCAAAACAUACUAAAGGAAAGCUGAAAGGUACACCUAAGUCCACACCAAGCAAUAGCAGAAAAGGUAGUCCUAGAGAAAGUCCAAUAACAGUUCCAAAGGGAUCCAGGAAACGUCCACUGGCUGAGUUGGAAGAUAAUGGUCCGAAACUGAAGAAAGGUGGUCGUUCAGCAUCUAAGCUUCCCCAUGUAAAUGGAGAUAUGGAUCUUGGUGCAGCAAAAAGUAUAGCGAGUAGUUCUAGAGGAACACCUAAAGUACAUCUAUUAAGAAACUGUGAAGAGAUUGUCCAUGACCUAGUCAAGCAUGAAGAGUGUUGGCCCUUCUUGAAACCUGUUAGUAAAAAACUGGUUCCAGAUUACCAUCUUAUCAUAAGCAGACCAAUGGAUUUUGCUACUAUUAGAAACAAAAUAAAUAAUUAUGGUUAUUCCAAUUUGACCGACCUAGUAACAGACGUCCGCCAAGUGUUCUCCAACUGUUUUGAAUACAAUAAAAAGACAAGUGUAGAAUUCAAAGCAGGACUAUCAUUAUCAAAAUUGUUCGAGAAACGUUUAAAAGAUUUGAAUAUAGACGUACCAGAAUCAUCAGCGCCACCUAGUAAACGGUCAAGAAGGACAUUAUGAUAAAAUGAAACAUUUUUCUUAUUUAUGACAGAUUUCAUAUAAAAGUUGUUUUCAAAUAUUUUUAUCAAUAUUUUGCCAAACUGCCAUCCAUUUCUAUGAACACCUAGAACAAAGAUAUGCCUUUAUUGACAUUAGAAUGUGUACUAGUGCAUUUAAGUCAAGUUAGCUUGUACUACUUUAUUAUAUAAUAGGUCUUUCGUAAGAAAAUGGUCAAACAGGUUUUUUAGUUAUUAUUUUUUGUUAACCUUGCUUUGAUUUGAUUGUUUGUUUACUCUUGAUAAUAAAAAAAUGGAAAUGGAAAUGGCCACCAUAAUGAUAAAGCAACUUUAACUUCAUAGUAUAUGGUACAUACUCGAGAUGUCUAAUGUAACUAUAAAAAUGGCUGAUACGCUGUGUACCCAAGUUUGUUAGACAUUCUUCCCCAGAGUUGGGAUGUAAAGGUCAACUGUUUGAGAAUCCUAUACUAGACUAGUGCUCUUUUGAUAAAAAAAAUAAAAAAAUGCAUAAUAUACUAAUGUACUAAUGAGUACUAAAUGAUUGAACUCUGGUCAUAUUUAUGUUGGAUAAAUAUUAUUUUUUGAAGCAUUUUGAUGUGAAAAUGUUUUGAUAUGUAUGGUGUAAUUUAUAAAAGUUGUUUUUCUAUAUUUCUGGUUUUAAAGAAAAUAAAAGCAUAAAAUUGAGACAUACAUUUUUAGCAAAUUUCCUUGUGAAUACUUCAAUUAUGGAUAUAAAUAUAUCAUUUCUUGCAAUUCUGUGGUGGAAUUUUUAGUGUUGGACCUAUAAAAAAAUAAUCAAGGUAACUGUUAUUGAUAAAAUCUUGAAUCUGUAUUUGCCAGUUAAAAAGUGAGAAAAAAUUUAUAAUAAAAAUGGCCAGCUUAACAAUGCAUAUAUUUUAAGUCCAAAAGAUCUUUAUGUUCAAAUUAAAUAUCUUAUUGUUAGGUUCUUGUAUAUACAUUGAUAUCUCAGGUAUAAAAGCAUUCUUAUAGAGUGGAUAUUUUUGUAAGACAUCUUAAAUUAUAACUGUUUUAGACUAAUAUUUGAUUUUGUACCCAGUUGAGCAAUGUAUCAAGGUUUAAAAGCUGCACUAUUUAAAACUAUUGAAUUUUGAAAAAUUCUGAAAUGUAUAUCUGAGUAUUAAAACGCAACAAUGAAGAAUUUCAACUAAAAAAUAAAAGUAGGAGGCAAAGAAAAUAUUUAAGCACUAACAAUUAAACUGAAUAUGUAUGAAAUAAUUUCAAUUGGACAUUAGGAAAACAACAAUAAAUCACAUGCAAAAAAGUUGAUGACCUUUAAAUUGAUAUAUAGAGGUCAGCUGUAAUUUAUCAAAAAGCAAAGAUUUUGAAUUAUAAUAUGUUAUUUAGAAUAAGGUAGGCAAAAAUAUAGAUUUCUAUCUGCUUUUGAUAACUUUAGUUCAAAAAGUUUUCAUCAUCAUGUGUUUUGAAUAACCUAUCAACAAAGAGAUUUCAGUUUGGUUUCAUAUUGAUUCAGAUAUUGUUUACCUCUAAAUUCUGGGAUCACCACAGCAUCUUAAAAGACCUAUUGCUGCAAUUGAAUAUCAAAACAGACUUCUAUUCCCUAUUGAAACAUUAUGUAAACCUGAAUAUCCAAGGAUUCAAAAGAUUUUAUUAAUAUUUCAUUUCACUUUAAUCUUGAUUUUAUGCAAAAACAAACUUAAGUUUGUAGUGGAUUUAUUAGUGUUUAAAAGUUCCUUGGACCAAGCUUACCAAUUUGAAAAAUGGUGUUUACAUUUAAUUAGUGAUAUUGAUCUGCAUGAAGGGUAUACAAUUUUUAUACAAUUUUACUCAAAUUAUAGCAUCUUGUGUAAGACAAACUAUCUUGUGGUGAUCCCUGCAUUAAGUGUACAAGUAUUGAUCAUAGUUGGUAAUAUUCAUACAAGUCAUUCUCAUUACUAUUAAUGUUCAUUAAACAAUGUGUAUGAUGUUACUUAUUGACAUUGUGCUACUAUAUUUAAUAAAUUAUUGAGUUUUGUACAAGUUA